AAGCGAUUGCGUUGGAGAGGAAUGGAGGGUAUAAAAGGCAGUCACACAGAAAACAAAUCACUCCUUGGAUUCACCGCUGAGAUAACCUCUUCUCCAGACCAUGAAGCUCAAGGAAAGAAGAGGGUCCCUCAAAGUGACUUCUGGGUGCAGUCUGCGGGCCACUCCACUGAGCCCAAGCGCCAGGGCGCAGCUCUUCCAGCCAUCAGUUUCCACACGGAAUCUCGGGCGCUCACGGGAGGAGCGCUCCUUCCCUGGAAAGUCUGUCACAGAAAGCUUUGCCAAAGUGAUCCACGGCUUGCACGUGGGACACUUGACAGAUCACGUCAUUCAGAGGAGCAAGAGGAUGAUUCUGGAUACGCUGGGCGUUGGGUUCCUGGGAACCAGUACGGAGGUGUUCCACAAAGCCAGCGAAUAUAGCAAAAUCUACAGCUCCAGCUCGUCCACCAGCACGGUUUGGGGCCGGCCAGCCCUCAGGCUGCCACCGACAUAUGCUGCUUUUGUUAACGGAGUGGCUAUUCACUCAAUGGAUUUCGAUGACACCUGGCACCCUGCCACCCACCCUUCUGGAGCUGUCCUUCCUGUCCUCGCCGCUUUAUCGGAAGCCCUGCCUCCAAACGCAAGGCUUUCUGGCCUUGACCUACUGCUUGCUUUCAAUGUCGGGAUUGAGGUGCAAGGCCGGUUAAUGAAUUUCUCCAAGGAAGCCAAUGACAUACCGAAAAAAUUCCAUCCCCCAUCAGUGGUAGGAACUUUGGGUAGUGCUGCUGCUGCAUCCAAGAUUCUAGGGCUCAGCAUGACGAAGUGCCAGGAGGCCUUGGCUAUUGCUGUUUCUCAUGCCGGGGCACCCAUGGCAAAUGCUGCCACUCAGACCAAGCCUCUUCACAUGGGCAAUGCUGCCAAGCAUGGGAUAGAAUCUGUUUUUCUGGCAAUGAUGGAUCUCCAAGGAAACAAGCAGGUCUUAGACAUGCAGACUGGAUUUGGGGCCUUCUAUGACAACUAUUCUCCCAAAGUCCUUCCAAACCUGGAUUCUUACAUUUGGCUCCUGGACCAGCAGGACGUGGCUUUCAAGUGUUUCCCUGCACAUUUGGCCACCCACUGGGUGGCAGACGCAGCUGCAUCUGUGAGAAAGCACCUUGUAACAGACAGAACCGUGCUUCCCAUUGACAACAUUGAGAGAAUUACACUCAGAACUCCAGACGUCCAGUAUGUGAACCGGCCUUUCCCAGACUCGGAGCAUGAAGCCCGUCACUCCUUCCAGUACGUGGCCUGCGCCAUGCUGCUUGAUGGUGACGUCACGGUUCCAUCAUUCCACAAACAGAUGAUCAACAGGCCACAGAUAAGAGAGCUGCUUUGUAAGGUAGAGCUGGAGCACCCUCGGGACAACCUGCCAAGCUUCAACACGCUGUACUGCGAGAUAAGUGUCACCCUCAAGGAUGGAGCCACCUUCGUGGAGCGCUCUGAUACCUUCUACGGUCACUGGAAGAAGCCACUGAGCCAGAAGGACCUAGAGGCAAAGUUCAGAGCCAAUGCGUCCAGGAUGCUGCCCUGUGAUAUGGUAGAAAGACUUAUAAAGAUAGUAGAUAACCUGGAAGACCUACAGGACUGUUCUGAGUUAGCCACACUUCUGAAAGGACCCGCUCCAUCAGAGAUGCUUUCACAAUCUAUCUAGUAUUUAACAAAUCCAUAAUGCAAUCUCCCCUGAGAUUUACCAAUAUCUAAAUGACUUCGUAUUUGGGGAAAUACAAUGAUUUUCUUUACAGAGCAAAGGUCUGCUCUUGGUCUGCCCAGAAACAAAUGCAGCGUGGUGGAGAGAGUCCAGACAGAACUGCAGAUGUGUGUGUUAUAAGACAAUGAAAAGCGAGAAAAAUCCCGGGACAAGGGAAACAGGGAAACUGGGGCAGGAAAAUUAAACAAAGCCAUAAAGUUUUGCAGGCCACGUGUUGCAGGACCUUAGCUGGAGAACAAAGGAUUAAGACCUCUUCUUACAAAAAGAAUGCAGGAGAAGAGGGGGAAGGAAAUGGGGAGUGGAGGAGGAGGAAUCCUACUUAGUACAAAUCCUCCUGAAGCUCUGGAAGCUAUUAACACAGCAGGGGGGAGGGCUUCAUCAUUCCACAAAUUUAAACAUCCCACAAUUUAAACAGGGAAGCCCACAGUGGGGAUUUAAUUGCCAGGUGCUUCCCAUAAAUUGUGGAAAAACCAUAACAAAGACAAGGGAAGCCCAUCAGGGUUAAUUUGUACCAGAAUAUCUAGCAGGAAAUUUUAAAAUCUAAUAAAGAAGAGAGUAUAUAAAGCAGAAACCCCCACUGCGCUCAUUCUUCAGAGGGUGUGAGAGCCUGUCUGCACUUCAUAGGUCAGAUGUGUAGAUUUGUUUGCCUCUUUAAUAAAUGUGCAUGCUUUAAUAUUUUAAUAAAUUUACUUUCAUUUUUAAAAUAAAUUCACUAAACACAAUGCAAAUAUUACCAGGAGUCUCUCUUGUAAAUUCAUUUCUAGGAGAAGAUAAGAAUGGAGGCUGGGGACAGCGCGCCCCCUCUGACUCAGGAGGCUGUGCAGUAACACCUCUCUGGUGUCUGUCACAGACGGAAGAAGUCUGGUCCUGUACAUUUGCAAG